AUGACAGACACGAGCUACCGCUAUCUGCCGCUCCGUCCCCAUCUCAAGGAGAUCCGUCUCCUCACGCUCUUUCCGGCAAGCGCAGACACCGCCGCCCCUCGGUGUUCUCUGGCAACGCACACCCUCGGCGACCCUCUUAUCCCAAGUUACAGCGCGCUGUCCUAUGUUUGGGGCAAUCCCGCAACCACGUCGGGCAAUCCACACAAUCACAAUGUGAUACACUUGGAUGGCCAUCCAUUCGCGGUGACGGCCAAUCUCCUGUCCGCUCUCCGGCACCUCCGUCCGCCUGCGACAGGGACUAGUAGUACUAGUACCCAGUCCAUUGUGCUCUGGGUCGAUGCCGUGUGCAUCAACCAGAGUGACCUGGAUGAGCGGAGCCAGCAGGUGGCAAUGAUGCGGGAUAUCUACGCCGGCGCUGGGGAGGUUAUCAUAUGGCUUGGGGAAGACGAGGAGGGCGAGGCUGGCGCGGUAUUUGGGAUUAUUCAGGAGCUGGAGGAAUUGAAUCGACAUCCGCGCGUCAAAGAUAGGGACGAUGAAGAGGUGAAACAGACUCGCCUGCAGCUGAUGCGUAAAUGUGCCAGCUUCCUUUUUGGGCUUGCCGAGGCUCGGCCCUGGUUUUCUCGCGUCUGGAUCCUUCAGGAGCUUGCCAUGGCCAGGAACGACCCCUGGGUGAUGUGCGGGUGGAAGCGGGUGCGGUGGUCGGCACUGGUGAAUACCUGGAAGGCCAUAGCCAAGGAGGUGUUUACCGAGAUGGGGAUGGUGCGUCGCAAGGAGCGAGACGGUGAGUAUCAAAACAGUUCGUCGGAAGCUGGGGACAAUACGAAGGCUUUGAAGGAGACCCCCGACUCAAAUGACGACGACGGCACGGAGGUCCUCGGCAAGCUCAAACUCGAUCUCCUGGACGACCUGCGCAGUACUCGAUGUUCGGAAGGGGGUGUGGCACUCCGAAAGCUGCUCUUGAUCUCGAGAACAUCGCAGAGUACCGACCCCAGGGACAGAGUCUACGGCCUGCUCGGACUUCUGUCUCCAGACGACAUCUCAUCACCUUCUACCAUUCCUAUUCCUGUCGAUUACCGGAAACCGACCUGGGAAGUCUUCGCCGACGCCAUGUCUCAUCUCUUUUCUCGCGGGGAAGGUCCGUACUUCCUCUCGGGCGUAUUCCUCCCAGGUCCUGAGCAUACCUCCCCUGCCUCUGACUGGCCAUCCUGGGUUCCGGACUUCUCGCGCCAAACCGCCGAAACGGCGGCACAGCCCUCCGGCAUCCAGUUCCACCCCCCAGCCGAGACAGGCGGCGCAUCUGGCGCCGGUGCGAACUGUAUCAACGGUCGGCGUCUCCCUGAUAAACGGACACUCCGCAUCGAGGGGCUCAUCGUCGGCGUCGUCAAUGAAGUCGUCCCGUUUGGAAAGUCUCUCAUGGACGUAAUACAACAGCUCCCCCUCCUUGAGUCUCUCGUGCUGUCCGCCAAGCAGCGCCCCUGUCACAUCCAGGGCUGUGAUCCUUCCAUCGCACCCUUCGUUGAACGGUUUAGGAACCAAGAGCCGCUUUGGAGGAUCCUGAUUUCAAACAAGCGCUACAUGUCGGGCUACAACAUCGCGCCCGCAUCCUACGAAGAGCUGUACCUCGGCCUCCUUAACCAUGGGCCUAGUCGCUUAGACAUGGAGUCAGAUCCCGGUCUUCAAGAACUUGACGCCUACGAGCGCUGCUUGCGGGAUGGCGCCGCCGGCAAACGGGCCUUCUUCACGACCAAGAACGGGUUCGUGGGCACUUGUGUCCCAAGCGCCCGCGCCGGAGACCUUGUGGCCCUCUGGUUCGGAUCGCCGGUGCCGUUCGUCCUGCGGCCAGCUACCACUACUACAGAGAGGCAGACAUAUUAUUAUUUGCUGGUCGGGGCGGCGUAUGUCGGGGGCAUCAUGGGUGGCGAAAUGGUGGAUGAGUUGUACUGUGAGGAUCUGAUGGACUCUGUGGCCUUCUAUGUCCAGUGA